AUGGCCAAGCGACAGAGGAAUCCGAUGUUGAUGUCCAACGAAUUGUCUGAAGACUUGGUAACACAGAUUCUGCUAUGGCUUCCGGUUGUCUCCCUAUUGCGACACAAGUGCGUCUGCAAAUCGUGGUACGCUCUCAUCACUAACCAAUACUUCGUAAGAAAACAUGUCCUACACAACAAAAACAACGACAGCAAAAAAAACAUCCUCCUCCUCCCUAAAACCACCACCCUUGAUUACGUUGUAUCCAUGCUUUCUUAUGAAACACUCCAAGUAUCCCAAGUAUCCCCUACACAACCUGUAUACCCACCUUAUUUUGGGAUAAUCAACACUAUUAAUGUUCUGGGUUCUUGCAAUGGUCUCAUUUGUCUCCUUGAUAUCUAUUCAGUGCUUCUUGUUAUAUGGAACCCUGCUACUAAAAAAACAAAGUUUGUCCCCGAAUCAAACCCCUGCUCUCGCUAUGGCGCCGACAUUGAUGCUAUUGGAUUUGGUUUUGAUGCCAAAACUAAUGACUACAAGAUAAUCAUGCUUGUUAGUUUCUCUCAUCCUCCUUAUGAAGAAGAAGUAGUCAUAUACCAAAAAGAGAUAUACAGCUUAAGUGCCGAUUCUUGGAGAAAAGUUGAUGGACCCCGGUAUACUGACCUUCAUGGUUAUGAAGGUCCAAUGACAUACAUCAAUGGGAUGGCUUCUUGGGAGGCAUCGGGUGAUGAUUGGGUAGGUCUUUUGUCAUUUGACAUGAGCGACGAGGUAUUCCUAAUAACACCGCUGCCGGAUGAUGUUAUUGGGAAUCCCAGUUCACAUAUUUGCAAAAACUUUUUUGUGAUGAAUGAAUCAAUUGCUAUGGCAACUAGUAUGUGGACAAACAGUAUGAGGGAAAAAUGGUUGGAUGUUUGCUUUGAUAUAUGGUUGUUGGUCGAAGUUGGUGUUAAGAACUCUUGGACUAAGCUUUUCACUAUUGGACCGUUUUCAGGAAUUUCACGACCAUUAGGAUUGCUUAAGAAUGAAACCAUGUUGUUGGAAAAGUAUAACAAUCAGCUGGUAUUGUAUGACCCCUCUACCGAAAAAAUGACUAAUAUCCAAAUUCAUGAAAACACGGUCUCGGAGCAUUUGGUUACUUACAUGGAGACCUUAGUUUCUGUCAAGGGAGGAAAUGAAUUUGUUGACAUUAAUGCCUGA